AUGUAUAGCAAAGAGGACUGGGGGGGCAAGAUUGAGCCAUACAUAGAGGUGAACAUGCAGAAGCUGGAGGGCAAGGCAUUGGUGGCGGUGUUCAACUUCCAGGACUUCCGGCACCUGGGGUACCAAGACCACGGAGAAUUGCGGAUGGUGUGCACGCAGGAGGCGGUGAACGCGCAACGGUGCACGGCGGAGGAGCUGGGCCAGCUGCUGGUGCGCAAGAAGGUGUACAACCCGGAAACGGGGCAGAACGAGACGCUGCGGAGCGAGGUGAAGUCGAUGCGGGUGGAGAAGGAAGGCGUGCUGGAACCGCGCUACCCGGUAAAGGAGACGGGCUUCUACUGCGUGUUCGUGUACGCGCCGGAUGUGAAGUACGCGGGGGAGGUGACGUUCCAGAACGCGUUCGGGCACCUGCCGGCGUCGGACGUGAACAACCUGAUGCUUUACGGGCUGCUAGCCGUGGCGUAUGCGAUUGCGAUGGCGCUGUACAUGUUUGCGGUGUGGAAGCACAAGCACGAGCUGCUGCUGCUGCAGAAGUACAUCCUGGCGUUCUUCUUGUUUUUGACGUUGGAGACGAUCCUGGUGUGGUCCGCGUACGACCUGGUGAACCGGAAGGGCGUGACGGCGGGCACAAUAACGUACAACGUGUUUAUUUCGAUCAUCAACGCGGGGAAGGUGUCGAUGUCGUGCUUCCUGAUUCUGAUCGUGGCGCUGGGGUACGGCGUGGUGUACCCGAAGCUGAACCGGAAGCUGAUGCGCCGGGUGCAGGUGUUCACGGCGUUCAACUUCGUGACGAUGGCGGCGGCCAUCAUCCACUCGUCGCUGACCCGCGCGGAGAACGUGGGGGUCUCGCUGCUGCUGUCAGUCUUCCCGGUGCUGACGCUGAUUGUGUUCUACGUACUGAUCAUCCGGUCGCUAGGGAGCACGCUGGGCUAUCUGCGCGAGCACAAGCAGGUGGUGAAGCUCAAUGCCUACAGGAAGAUGUUCAUGCUGAUCAUCGGAUCCAUCGUUCUGAACAUCCUAGGCGUAUUUUUCAGCAUCUUCUCGAUGGCGCGCAGAAACGACGACGAGAUUAUUUCGAACCUAUGGAAAACCAAGUUCAUCAUGGAGGUGUGGCCCUCGUUCGUGUACUUCCUUGUGUUUGUUGUGUUUGCGUUCAUGUGGAGACCGACCGAUACCUCGUAUAUGCUAGCAUGUUCACAGCAAUUGCCUACCGACCCGGAAAACGUCACCGACUUCGAUCUUGAUGACCUGCAGUCCCUGAAUGACGAUGCAUCCAACCGCCGCGUCAACGAUGAUGAGAUCAACUUUUCGGACGAAGAGGGGCCGGGUUCCUAUCACCCAUCCCACCAAGGUAAGUAA